UCGAGUAACGUUAGUUGUUCUGCCAUGAACGAGGCCUGUUGUAUGCUGCAGGUUAUUGGCGUAGAUAACAAGGUGUAAAGAGAAGUAAUAGCGAUCGAGAUUCCUCAUUUCCAAGGGUAACUCAUUUACAAGAUCUAAUAUAAUAUAUUAAUUACUUGGCAUUUUAGAAAUAGCAGUUUUCUUCUAUGCAGAUUCGCUAGCAAGCUAGUGUUUUACACGCCGCCUGGAGCAGCCAGUGUGGGCAGCAAAACAGGCUUAGCGGGCACUUGGCUGUUAUUUUUUGGGAGGCUGUGUGAUCAUUGGCAGAGUUCAAUACACCAGCUUGCAGAAUAAUAGCUAGCUUCGCUGCGGAGGCCUUUGCAUUUCAACCUGUAUGAACUUCGGCCAUCAGUACUCAACACUUUGUCAACAAUCUUAAGGAGUCGAGGUACUAAGGAGUGACUACUGUCUCCCCCCGCGUCGUCUGACAACCUUCUUUCCUCGCCAACGCUGCUCCCCUCCCCCAACCUCCCUGUCCUGUCCGCCCCACCCUGAACCCCAGUAAACAUAACGCCCCCAGCAUGAACGAGGUCAGCGUGGUCCGGGAGGGAUGGCUCCACAAGCGAGGUGAAUACAUCAAGACCUGGAGGCCGCGGUACUUCAUCCUGAAGAGCGAUGGCUCUUUCAUCGGCUACAAGGAGAAGCCCGAGAUCUCCGACCCCAACACGCCGCCCCUCAACAACUUCUCUGUGGCCGAAUGCCAGCUGAUGAAGACUGAGAGGCCCAGGCCCAACACGUUUGUCAUCCGCUGUCUGCAGUGGACUACCGUCAUUGAGCGCACAUUUCACGUGGACUCCAAUGCUGAGAGGGAGGAGUGGAUACGUGCCAUCCAGGCGGUAGCCAAUGGGCUGAAGACGCACGACGAGGAGGAGCCAAUGGACAUCAACUUCCCCAGCGAGACGGGCCUGGAGGGCAUGGAGGCGGCCAUCGCCAGGUCCAACACCAGAGUGAACAUGAGUGACUUUGACUACCUGAAGCUCCUAGGCAAGGGCACGUUUGGCAAGGUGAUCCUGGUGAAGGAGAAGGCCACGGGCAUGUACUACGCCAUGAAGAUCCUGCGCAAGGACGUCAUCAUCGCCAAGGAUGAAGUGGCACACACGGUUACCGAGAGCAGAGUCCUGCAGAACACAAGGCAUCCCUUCCUCACGACACUAAAGUACGCCUUCCAGACUCACGAUCGGCUUUGCUUCGUCAUGGAGUAUGCAAAUGGCGGAGAGCUUUUCUUUCACUUGUCCCGGGAAAGAGUGUUUACGGAAGACCGCGCCCGGUUUUACGGUGCUGAGAUAGUAUCUGCACUGGAAUACCUGCAUUCGUGCGAUGUCGUCUACAGGGACCUUAAGCUGGAGAAUCUCAUGCUGGAUAAAGACGGACACAUCAAAAUCACAGACUUUGGCUUGUGCAAAGAGGGCAUCACCAACGAGGCCACCAUGAAGACAUUCUGCGGAACUCCAGAGUACCUCGCCCCUGAGGUGCUGGAGGACAAUGACUACGGUCGCGCGGUGGACUGGUGGGGCCUGGGCGUGGUGAUGUACGAGAUGAUGUGCGGCCGGCUGCCCUUCUACAACCAGGACCACGAGAGGCUGUUCGAGCUCAUCCUCAUGGAGGAGAUCCGCUUCCCCAGGAACCUGUCGCCCGAGGCCAAGGCCCUGCUGGCCGGCCUGCUCAAGAAGGACCCCAAGCAGAGGCUUGGAGGAAGCCCUGAAGAUGCCAAAGAGGUGAUGACUCACAAGUUCUUUGUCACCAUCAACUGGCAAGAUGUGCUUCAGAAAAAGCUCGUUCCUCCGUUCAAGCCCCAGGUGACCUCGGACACAGACACGCGCUACUUUGAUGACGAGUUCACGGCACAGACCAUCACGAUCACACCUCCAGACCAGUAUGGAGACAGCCUGGACACAGAGGACCCGGACACACGCACGCACUUCCCCCAGUUCUCCUACUCCGCUAGCAUACGGGAGUGACCCCCCUCACCUCCCUCUUCUCUCCUCCUCCUCCUCCUCCUCCUCCCUUCUCUCUCGCCCCCCCAACCAGCAGCAGAAAGGACACAACACAGCGACACGUAUACUUACUAACUCUUGGACACACAGCAACACACGCCGACAGACACAAACACACACGAACACACACAAGAACACACAAUCACACACAUACUCUCUCUCUCUCUCUUACAUACACGCUCGCAUCACACACACACACACAACCUUGCAUCAACACAACACAUUAUGUACAUAACCCCUGUACUCAAAACAGCCAUGCACCAGCAAGAUACUGUAUGAGAAGCAUGUCUCAUGCCUCUAUGGGUAUCGUGUCUCUUUUAGCAGAGACGGACUUGUAUCCUGGCCGGGAUGGGGAUGGGGAAAGGGUGGGCUGGGCUGGGGUGGGGUGGGUGGGUUGCUCCAGAGAUGAUCCUCUGAUUAUAGGGGUGGUGGGAUGGAUGCCCUUGCCUUGCCCCUUUUUGACGUUUUUUGGCCUGUCACCUCUGACCUCGCCUUGCCUGACACUACUACGCAACAGUGCACCAUGACAGACAGACAGACAGACAGCCAUAACAGCGCUUCACCACCAAGUCAGGUAGAUUAAAAAAAAAAAAGAAAGGAAAACGACAAAAAUGAAAAAAAGAGGAGAUGAGGAGUAAAGAAACCUGAACACCAGCGGGUUGCAUGAUGCACACUGGGACACACACCGAAGCACACGCGCUCUCUCUCUGUCUCUCUCUCUCUCUAUCUCUCUCUCUUGCUCUCUCUCGCUCUCUAUCUAUCUUUCUCUCCCUCUCUCUCUCAUACAUACACAUGAGUACACACUCAAACACACAGAUACAAAUGCACACGCGUGUGUACGUAUACAUAGACACACAUACACAAGCGUCUUCCUCUGGACGAUAUGAAAUGACCCACCCCUAUCCCCUCCCAUCCAAUCAAGUUGAAGAUUAGAUGAUGAUGAUGAUGAUGAUGUGUGCACAUGUCUGGGGUUGGUGGACAUGUGCAGAAUUACUUUCAAAAAAAAAAGAGGAAAAAAAAACAUUUCCCCCCCUUUUAAUGAUUGUUACACUUUUUUAUUUUCAUUAUUGUUUCUUUGUUUCUACUUUUUUUUUUUUUACAAAAGCCAUACUUCUGCAAUUUUUACAAGUGCUCUUUCUGGAAUUAGCUGUUACCAAUAGUAUUGAAGUGUUCCUGCAAAGAGAGAGAGAGAAAUGGAAAACGGAGAGAGGCACCGCGCUGAUGAUCAGAUAAUCAGGAGAGGAGCAUGGAGAAGAAAAAACAAAAAGAUCGAGGGGCAGUCACAGCUCUCUAUGACGACAAUUGUGUGUGUGUGUGUGUGUGUGUGUGUGUGUGUGUGUGUGUGUGUGUGUGUGUGUGUGUGUGUGUGUGUGUGUGUGUGUGUGUGUGUGUGUGUGUGUGUGUGUGUGUACUACUGCUUGUUCAUUUGGAGGAGAAAAAAAGCAGAAAAUGUGUGAAAGCAUGUUGCUCCCUCUUUAAAAAAAAAAAAAAAAAAAGGUUCUUGGAGAGAAUGUGAUUAAUCAAUGGGGUGGUGUGUGAAUGUGUACGUGCGUGCGGUGUGUGUCUGUCUGUAUGUGUGUGAGCGUCCAUGUCCAUGUGUAUCUAUGUGCGUGCAUGUGUAUAUGUGACCAGCGAAUGAGUGCGAAAACAUUUUGUCACAGAUCCACAUCUUAAAAGUUGUGUCUUCAUCUUUUGAUUUCCUUUCUUUUGUUUUUGUUUUUUUUGUUUUUCCAUUUCUUUUCUCUAUUUUUUGUAUAUGGGCAUAACAGUACAAGAAGAAAUCAGGGUGCGCAGUGAAG